UUAGAACCGCAAUACCACAAAGAAAAGUCCAAACGAGAAAAGUUGUCACGAGCGAAGUUAAGCCAAGGUGUUGUUCCGUUAGGUGCGUUGUGGCACUAGAAAAUCUGUUUUUACACCGUUCGUUUUGGCUUCCAGUGAGUUAUGACCACAAAGGGGUUGAAAAGUUGCUUCACCUGUUUCCGAAGAACGGACAAUUAUCUCAGCAUUUCCAAGGACGACGGUACCAGCGGAGAAAAUGUAGAGGAAAUUUUCGCAAAACACUUUUGGUUCACCCGCACCGAGUUCCACGAUCGUAUAGUUUGCACCAGUUGCUGGGAGAAGAUUGAUGAUUUUCACAAGUUCUACUGCGAAGUUGAACGAAUUCACGCACCCGCUAUGAUGCUGGAGGUGAAGGUGGAACCGUCCGACGAUCCCGCGGAAGGUACCGUAUUCUUGCCGGAAGUUGAAGACUGUAUAGGUGGAAACAGUACGACCACAACCGACGACAUCGUUAUAUCCGGCGGAUGUAAGGAAGCGGAUGAAACAAGGUAGGUUAGCGAUUGACUGGUUAUUUCUCUUUUCUGUA